GCGAAGGUGGCGCGCUGCGAAAAAUCAAACGGCAAAACGGCAAAAAACGGCCCGCCUAUCGAGCAAACUUGUUUAAAGUGCCAUAAAAAAGCCACAAAAAAAACAGGGAAAUAUAAAAAAGAGCAGACGCGACUGGCGCCGGUGCCCCAAUAAUAAAUUUUCCGGCGAGUGUGCAACUUUUUUCUGUGACUAUAUAAGAAUCAGUAAUGCAAUUAAACUGCAGGUGUAGUGCAGAAAAUGCCCUGAAUUAAGUCACUUUCAGAGGUUGUACAAAAUGCCGUAAGAUUGAUUAGCAGUUGGUCAAUCACAGUGAUCCAGAUCACUAAUAUCAUCUAGAAGUUCGUCUAUCGAGGGAUUGCAGACAUGAAUUGGGUUAUCUAUAGCUGGCCUUGCCUACUUUUGGCUCUGAUCUCACUUGGCAAAGCAUCACCUGUUCCGAAUCGCCAGUAUAGUUGUAUGAGCUUCCAGGAGAACGACAAUUCCCUUCAUGACGAUGAUGGCGAUCAGGACUUGAGUGGCGAAGUGCAGGAGCAGCAGAUUGAGUCCACUCCGGUGCCCACUGAAUCACAUAAAAGCACCUGCCAAAAAGGCUAUACCUUUUGCUUUACCCUCUGGAACCAGACGGCCAACGGCACUAGAGUUAUAAAGCAGGGUUGCUGGGAGGAAAACACGGAUCGCUGCAGUCAAUCGGAGUGCACCAGUUCGGCGCCCACAACCACCACCAGUUCGCUGUACUACUGCUGCUGUUCGGGGGAUUUGUGCAAUGCCCAGUAUGCGGUAGUGGAACCUGCUCCCCUGGAACUGGGCUCCAAUGAUGCGAGGAACUCAAUUACUAAUCGGGCCACUGCCAAGCAGCAUCAAUCCUUUUUGGCCAGCACAAUGCUGGGCCUGGCCGGCGGACUCACAGCCCUCAUGAUUGGCAUCUUCCUGGCCGUUCAGUAUUGUCGGACAGCCAAGGAGAAGCCGGAGCCGGAGGAAUCGCCCCUGGCACCAUCGGGUCCUGGCUACAGCUCCAAUCUUCGGAAUGUGGACAACAUGAAUUUGAUCAGCAUGCUGGGCAGUGGCAAGUAUGGAACUGUGAUGAAGGGUCUGCUCCAUGAUCAAGAGGUGGCAGUUAAGAUUUAUCCCGAGGAGCAUCACCAGUACUAUGUGAACGAGAGGAAUAUCUACGCACUGCCUUUAAUGGAAUGUCCAGCACUGUUGAGUUAUUUCGGCUACGAUGAACGCUGCACGAUGGACGGCCGGAUGGAAUACCAGCUGGUACUUUCCCUGGCUCCACUGGGAUGCCUCCAGGAUUGGCUGAUAGCCAACACUUUGACCUUUAGCCAAUGCUGUGGGAUGCUGCGUUCCAUCACGCGUGGAAUCUCCCAUCUGCACACGGAACUCCGGUUGGGGGAUCAGCAUAAGCCCUGUGUGGCCCAUCGGGACAUCAAUACCCGGAAUGUGCUCGUCCAGGCGGAUCUCAGCUGCUGCAUCGCUGAUUUUGGUUUUGCCCUGAAGGUCUUUGGCUCCAAGUACGAGUACAAGGGCGAGGUGGCCAUGGCGGAGACGAAGAGCAUCAAUGAGGUGGGCACCCUUCGCUACAUGGCUCCCGAAUUGCUUGAGGGAGCAGUAAAUCUACGAGAUUGUGAAACCUCACUAAAGCAAAUGGAUGUGUAUGCCCUGGGCCUGGUGCUCUGGGAAGUGGCCACCCGCUGCUCGGACUUCUAUGCUCCUGGACAGACGACGCCCCCGUACAAGGCUCCCUAUGAGCAGGAGGUGGGCUCUCAUCCCAGUUUCGACCAGAUGCAGGCACUGGUGGUGCGGCACAAGGCGCGUCCCCUAUUUCCCGCAGGAUGGGGUGGUGGUGCAGCCGCAAAGGUGGUGCGAGAUACUUGCGAGGACUGUUGGGACCAUGAUGCGGAUGCCAGGUUGACCUCCUUGUGUGCCGAGGAGCGGAUGCAGGAGAUGUCGGGUCUAAGACCACGAGCCCAAGCUCAGCCCGCUAGUCCACUGCUGAACACCAACAAUCUGGUGGCCACCACCAACGUGGAACAGGGGUUUAAUGUCAUAACUACAACGACAACGGCGGCUGCAGUGCAUCAUCAGAUGAGCUCGGACACCACAGGACUCAUACAGCCACCUCCCAAUCAGCAGCUACCUUUGGCUGCCUUGGAGCGGGAGAAGAACCACCUGAGCUACCCGCAACAGCAGUUGCAGCCGUAUCAGGGCAGGAAUCCCUGCCAGGAACGCAACCUGGCACCCCUGCCCCUUCGAACUCCUCCAGUGCUGGUGGAGCGGAGCAAGAAGCACAGUUUCCAGACACAGCCGCAGGAGAACUCGCUCUCCUGCCUGGAGCACGAUGUGAGUGUGGAGGAGCUGAUAGCCAGCCAUCAUCACCAGCAGCAGCAGCAGAAGAACACGAUUGUCAGCUCGAGUGGAAAUACCAAUUCCAGCUUGGGUCAGGGAUUUCCCAAGCAGCAGAACACGGAUCACAAGCUAAGGGGAUGGCAUGGCGUCAGAGCCUUGAUCAAUAAGAAGCUCUUCCGCAAGGAGCAUGCGGAGGAACUGUGCCGCCAGUUGCAGUUGGGCGAGGAGAAGUCCAAUCUGGUGACGGCUCUGCGUCGCCCCAACAACCUGGACUUGAGUCCACGCCUGGACAAACCCACGCCGGUUCAACUGCGAAGUGCCGAGCAGCGGACAGGAACCCCAGCCCACAUUGUGCCCCGUUCGCUGUCCAGCAGCCUGAUCAAGCACAUCAACGGGAGCACCAAUAACAACUCCAUCCAGAGUCAUGGUAGCGAACUGCAGACCCUCACGCGUCCAGCGCCGAAACGAAGACCCGGCCACCUGCGCACCAACUCCCUGAUGGUCAGCACGGGUCAGGGUCCUCCGACGGAGCAGCAGAUGCGCCGCCAGCACAGCCUGGAGGUGUUCCGCGAGGUCUUCAGCGGCCGGGGGAGCAGCGAGCGGUUGAGGGAUCCCAGCGAACGGGUGAAAACGCCUGGCGAUGUGCCACCAUCCGUGCGGAAAGCCAGGGCCAGCAAGACACUGAGUCUGUACGACGAUCGGAUGAUGGACUCCUCCCUGCUCAACAUCCUCUAGCAUGAGGAGGUCCUGCUGCUGGAACUAUAAACUGAACGAAAGCAGCAGGACAUCAAUCCGGACCCAUAUCUUAUCCUUCAUCGAACACAUAUUCAACGAUAGCCAUAGAGCAGAAGACUCGAAACGCUUCCUGGAAAAGUCUUCUCACAAAUCAGAAGGGAUAAAAGGACUGCUUUGGUUUUCUAUCUAAAUUCUUUUCGAUUUCAAAUCGAAAUCAAAUCGAUGAGGUUUUUAUUAUUACUCGGUAUUAAAAGAAAUCAAAUUAAUGUAUUGAAGAUUCUUGAAUAGUUUCUGCACAUAGAUUUAAUUGAUAAGAACCAUAUAUACAACCGUUUUUUUUAACCAGACUGAUAAAACGAUUUGAAAUCGAAAGAAUUUUGUAAAAUUGAAAGACCAAAACAGGACCGAUAAACAUUUAUUUUUCGAACAUAGAAGAAGUGGAGUUCAAAGUAUGUGUAUAUCUAGAUGUAUUUUUUCACCAAUCAUCCUAGCGUGUAGUGCGGCAAACAACCAAAGUCCUUAUAGGUUAGAUCAGACUAGAAUCGUACGAGUAUCAGUAUAUAGCAGUAUAUAGCCCCACACACAUAAAUAUAUUUUUUUGACUUGAUCUUGAACAAGAGCGAAACAGGAAGUAGUCUAUAUAGUUUGUAUAUGUACGGUUUUCACUCGAGUUGAGCUUAAGGCAAGAAGGGAAUACAGAAGGAAGGGGCUUGGUCGGACCACUUUUAUAGAGCCAUAUAUAGUAACAAUCUGCAUUACGAGUAUAUCUUUAACUAAACAUUGUACUGGAAUAUUUAGUCAUUACAUACUUACACAUUAAAGCCCCUGAAAUGGGUUGUCAUUAUGCUGAAAACAUGUAUACAAAAAAAAGAGCACAAAAUACUCGGAAGAAAAUAUCUGGUUAACAAAUUUGAAUUUCUUUUUGGGAAAAUAUACCCACUUGCUCAAGUAUUUGGCAACCCCAUCUAGUAUACCCCUUUGGAUGAAUUUUCGAUGAAUGCCUUUUUGUCGUUCUCUUUAGUACUUAGACCAAAACACCCGCAGCCUUUCAAUCACAUUAAAUGCAAGUCUAGUUAUAUUUAAUUUACACUAAUUAUAAUUAUAAACUAAUUUAAUAUAUGUAAUUAAUAAACCAAUUAUUUAAAAGUGAUAAAA